UGCGCGUGUUAAUCGUACCUUGAUCAUGAAAUGGUUACUUGUUUGCAUUUAUACGACAGUGCUUACAACGGCAGCAACUGCGACUUUGUGUGGAUGUAAAUACUUAAGACCUUGCUAUAAAAAUAUGUUAAACUCUUUGCUGCAACCCGAUGAGGAUCCCUGCAUUGAAAAUGUUUCAAUUGGAGCCAGUACUGUCACAAUAUUUCUGAGAGCUUUAAGUGAAUAUUGCGGACGUUUUAUUAAAGUGCACAGUACUAGGACCACCCACGAAGGCAGAAAUUUAUAUGAGGUUGUAAUAAACAGUACCCUGCCAUUGGAUAAAAAAACGCCAGUAAUUCUUCUGGAAGCUGGUCAGGACGGUGGCUCGGGGUCGGUAGCGCUGGCGCUGUAUGUGAUAGAGCAGCUGGUGGCUUGCAGUGAAAACAAGCUUAUGAUCCAGAAAGUUCGAUGGGUUAUUCUACCUUCAACUAAUCCAGAUGGUCAUGAAUAUGUUAGAACUAAUCGCGAACCUUGGAAGAAGAACUACAGCCCGAAUGGCAAAGAUAUUGUAGCCCACGGAGUAGAUUUGACUAAAAACUUCGAAGAUUCCUGGGGACUGUGCCCUCCAAUUAUAGUCAAUAAUGCAUUUUCACAGGAUUAUCCUGGUCCUAAGGCGGGCUCAGAAAAUGAAACCGCUUUUAUAAGUGACGUCUUGGCCAGAUACAAAACCAAUAUAGACACAUAUGUUUCACUAAGGCGGGACGGCCACGGUAUAUUAUACCCAUUAGCUAGUCGAAAUACUUCAAUCGCGUCAAUAGAUCAAGUGAAAAAGAGAGCCGGCGAUAUAGCUGCGAAGGUGAAUCAAAGAGCUGGGGGGAUACAGUGGUUCCCCAAUCAAAGUAUCUACGCUAUGAAUGGAAAACCACACUGUGGCCACAGCGUCGACUUUGCGUUUAACAAACAUGGCAUUAAAUACGCGUUUGAGAUGCGUGUGUUUCCCGAAACGGACAGACGCAUAAUGUCGAAGUUUCAAACUCUACCUAAGGGACACGAUGUUUCACUUAGAACAGGAUACUUUAGUGGAAUUAGAGAAGUCUAUAACUCAGUAGUUAAUGAUAUACAAAAUAAAAAACCGAAAUAAGUUACCUAUACGUAACGAAA